CCAUGCACCUCCUGCUUACCGGGCAGACGUAUUAACCACUGUACUAGAAAGGGUAUCUAUUCUCCGUCUUACGAUUGUAUGGGAACAAUACGAUCGUAACACCCAUAUAUAGAUGACAUCAUAUUCCGAAAAAAAAUAAGGAUUGGGUUGUUUUGCUCGUGAAAAAUAAGUUUGAAUUUGACUGUGGAAUACAGUCAGCAAUAUUUGUCGGAAUACGAAAGUAACAAAAGUGUAAAUUAAAAAUAGCUUCUAUGAGUUUUGUUCUCAAAAUAUUCGUAAAAGAGAAACUUAACUAUACAUGUCGAAGGUCUGAAACUGCAUAAUAUUUACUGAUCGUUUUCAAUCUUUCUCAGCGCAUUUUCAUGAGCUAAUAACUAUAUCUUUGGAAAUUUUUUUAAGGAAGAGGAAACUUUAAGCAUCUACUCAAGGUUCUCCCGUUCUUACGGAUUGUAGCUCUUCAAAUCAGCUUCAUAAUAAACAAGUCAUAUGUUUCAAAGAAUUUGACUAAAUCUAAAUCUGUAUCGUUGUCCAUAGCAAGAUUUACUAUUUCUAGGCUCGAUUUAAAACUAUGCUACUACUAGACCAGGCAUCGAACUAAUAGAAAAUGUGUAGGAUUAGAUUCAACGUAUUUCGAUGACAGCAACAACAACAGCGCAACAUACAUGAUUGAAUAUAAAAAUGAGCUUGGUCACAACAUCAUAGCAUGCAAGCAAGAUUACGUUUUUCAUUACUUUUUCAUUACCUGUUUAUUUAUGUACAAACUUCAAUGUAAUUUGGUUUUUAUGCAUAAAUAACCAAACAAUGUUGUGUCAAUUCAUCAACAUGAAGCCUCGACUAUAGAAUACCAUAAAAUGUCGAUUGCAUGGAUGUGUUUCUUUCUUUCUUUCUUUCUCCUCACCUGUACGAUACCUUUACAAACAUGUUUACCGACAGUGAGAAUGUUGCAAUCAACUACGUAUUUCAUAGAUAUUAAUUGUCAAUAACUUUUAAUGAGAGAUUCCUUCAUGAAUAUGUUGAUUGCAACCAUAGUUCUGAUGGAGAACGAACCGCGUAUCUUUGCCAGGCAUCUCACAUGAUUCAGAUAGAAAUGAGAAGUGAUAGAAUGAGUAUCGAAUGACCAUCAGAACGUGAUAUAUUCUACCUAACACGGCUAAAAUUACUUGAGGGUACAGGUGUGGAUGGAGAUGCAAAAAAAGACGCUCACCCAGACCCACGUUGAUUUGUGACUGUUCUCUUUAGUUUCUGAAAGUUAAACCAUCAAAAAUUGAGCCAUGCCAGUCAGCGUCAACUUCAUCAACAAGCUCGAGGAACCUAUUCGUCUUGUCGCUACAAGAAAUGAUACGCCACCCGAGCACAUAGCAACCAUUCUACCUGGGUAAGCGAACGAGAAAAUGAUAAAUUGACCAAUUUUUUUCCUAGUGGCUCUCACCAAUAUCAUAUCCCAGACAAAUGGUCAGGAAAUUUUCGUCACAAUGGUGGCAGUGGAGGAGUGACAUUAUUCGAAAUAUCGGUGAAGGCCAACGAUCACAAUGUUUACUAUGAUUUGAGUGUUAUUGAUGGUUUCAAUGUACCGAUGAAGCUAAUCGCUCCUGACGGGUCAGUGUUUUUUCUUACGUCGAGUAGUAUACAUAAUACUCCAUCCACUUUUUAGAACGCGGCUUGAAGCAUUACAUAACAAGGCUGCAGAUGCUUAUUUGUUUCCCACUGAUGAUACGAAAACACAUGGUGGACCUGAAGGUAAUUUUACCAUUGUUUUCGAAUAUAACACUGCAAAUGCUGAAACAUGCAAGCCAGGCAUCACUCAGAGAGCUAUUGCACUUCGCUCGAAUGCCAACGGCAAGUUUAUAUGUGCCGACAAUGCUGGAAAUAGUCCUUUAAUUGCUAAUCGUGAUGCUCCAUCUACUUGGGAAACGUUCGAUCUUAUCACCCUAAAUGGAGAUAAUGUUGCUCUCAAGUCACAUGCCAAUGGACAAUAUGUUUGCGCUGAAAAUGCAGGAAACAGUUCUUUGAUAGCCAAUCGCACUUCAAUUAGUUCUUGGGAAACUUUUCGAAUCGUUGAUCGUGGUAAUGGAAAGGUAGCUUUUAUUGCAGUCAAUGGAAAAUACGUCUGUGCUGACAACUUCGGAAAUAGUGAAUUAAUUGCUAAUCGAACUACCAUCGACAGCUGGGAGACUUUUGACUUAGUUCAGCAGUGA